CACAUCCAAGCAUCCCUUUCGUAGGAACAGAUUGAAAGGUCCACGCAGUACGGUACUUGACUAUACCUGGAACAUAGCUGGCCACACCAUCGCCUGUCUUCAAAAUGCCAGAGAAUGAUAACAACCACCGGUCAAUCAGCACCACUAAUGCUCAACACGCCCAAGAAGCGUUGGAGGUAGUCUUCAACGAAGAAGCCGAGCAUCGUCGAAAGUCCUCCCUCGUCCCGUCCAAUAAUCAAGCCCUCGACCAUGAUAUACCGCACCACUGCAUUGUCCAUUCCAUCAUCGAGGAACAGCGUAUCACUUCCCCGAGUGGUUUCAGACCGGAUAAUAAGCCGUUAACCAAACAUACAGACAAGCGUCCCGAACCAGUCGAGGGCCGCGAACAUGUCCAUUCACGUUUACUUACAAAGAAGGAGCUGAGGGAUAUGGCGUUUGGAAUACGGGAAUUGGCGAAAAGGCUAUCCACCCUCAAGCUGAAGCUCCAGGUACGGAACAUCUUCUUGCUGGCGAAGGCGAAUGAUGGAAAUAUCAUCAAAUCGGUCAGAGAGAUAGCGGAGUGGCUCUUGAUCAAAGAGGGCUCGGAUUGUAAAGUAUAUGUGGAGGACACAUUGGAGCACGACGAGAGGUUUGAUUUGAAGGGUAUGCUAAACAAGUACCCGACGGUUAAAGAUCGACUUCUGUUCUGGAACAGCGAGCUAUGUGCGCGAUAUCCACACACAUUUGACAUUGUCAUUGCCCUCGGUGGAGACGGCACGGUGCUCUAUGCGAGUUGGCUGUUUCAAAAGAUCGUUCCUCCUCUUCUCGCCUUUGCUUGCGGAUCGAUGGGAUUCCUCACCAAAUUCGACUACAAUGCCUAUCAGGCGACGCUGUCCCGCUCGUUCGUGGAAGGGAUCACCGUGAGCCUAAGGCUUCGAUUCGAGGCCACCAUCAUGCGCUCGCAGCAGGGCCAACUGCCGCGUUCCAGGGACAUCGUCGAGGAGCUCAUCGGAGAGGAGAGCGACGACGACCACACCCACCGGCCCGCCGGUUCCUAUAAUAUCUUGAACGAAGUCGUGAUCGAUCGCGGCCCGAAUCCCACCAUGUCGACGCUCGAGGUCUUUGGCGAUGACCAGCACUUCACGACGGUCCAGGCGGACGGCGUAUGCGUUGCGACACCGACGGGCUCGACGGCAUAUAACCUCGCGGCGGGUGGAUCGCUCUGUCACCCUGAAAAUCCCGUGAUAUUACUUACCGCGAUUUGCGCACAUACUCUCUCAUUUCGCCCCAUCAUUCUACCCGAUACCAUCGUGUUGAGGGUUGCCGUUCCGUUUGAUGCGAGAGCAGGUUCAUGGGCAAGUUUUGAUGGAAGAGACCGUGUGGAGUUACAUCCAGGUGAUUAUGUCACUAUUUCAGCGUCUCGAUAUCCCUUCCCGAGCAUCCUGCCCCUGGACCGAAAACAGGAGGACUGGAUCGACAGUAUAUCGAGAACACUGCACUGGAACUCACGGCAAAGGCAAAAACCGUGGAGUCAAUUGUCUUAAGUUACGAUAUAUGGGCAUAUUAUACUUUUACAUCUGCACUUGAACGGGACAGUCAGUCGUAUAACCAGGCGCGUGUAAUUACCCUAAUGUGUCAAUCUUUGACAUAGCUCCAAUAAAAGUACGGAAGGAAUCUUUAGCCUUCUGCCACUCCUCU